GAGACAAAAGCAACAAAGUGAACCCCGCUCCGGAUCAAUCAAAUGUGUCAGAUUUAACCGUUUCGGGGCCACGAACCCGGCCAUCCCACCGCCACACACCACGGUCGUGUGCGGUGAGGUGAAACAACUUCAGUCAUAAAUGGAGAGCGACAAGCAGGCACCCUGUGUCCUGGAGAGCCCUACGCAUAUUAGAACGCCUGCUUGAGAGCUGCUGUAUCGAUGACUGCACCUGAAGUAGGUGAUUACGCUUGACAACGCAGACCUGACUAUUCGACAGAAACCAUUGGGCUGCAGCCAUGGACGGGGAGGAAGACGUCUCACACAUGAGCGAGGAUAUGGAGAUGGUCAGUGAACCCAAUGGCGCCAUAGAAACUAAACGAAGAGAGGCCAAAGGGACCUGCCUGAAAAUUGAGGGCCAGGAUGGCUACGUGUUCAAAUCCUACACCAUUAAACCUCGUGACACUGCUGAUGCAACGUCCCCUGGCUGCUCCUCCAUAACACUGGAAAAAGACUCUCCCCCUUCUCCCAGUCUAUCUUCUCAGGGCGACAAACAGGUGGAGUCUGAUGAAGCAAAAGAGACUGAUCCAGGUUCUCCCACUUUUUCAAACAAAUGCCUAAACACUGAAACUGAGGAAAACGUGAUGGACGAACAGUUUGAAAACCUCGAUGAAGCAAGCGAACAUAUCAAGGACGACAUCGGGGAUGCAAAUGAAAUGGAGGAGGAGACCCAGGAUGACGAAAGGCUGGCGUUUGGUAGCUCAAUUGGCCCUUUUGUAUCAAGAGACGGUGACGACUACAGUACUUUACUAAGCGGAUACUCAAGCCUUUAUGAUGUUGCCAUGGACGCCGUCACUCAGAGCCUUUUGUCAUCCAUGAGGAGUCAUUCCAACCCGAGGAAGAAAUCUCCUGCCUGGAAUCACUUCUGCAUAUCGCCACGAGACGGUACCAAAGCAAUCUGUUUAUACUGCAUGAAAGAGUUCAGCCGGGGAAAGAACGAGAAAGACCUCAGCACAAGUUGUUUGAUGAGGCACGUGCGAAGGGCUCACCCCACUGUGCUAUUACAAGAAGGAGCAGACGCAUCCUCAAACAGUCUGACUGGCUCCCUCGCCUCCUCUUUCACACCUGCCUCCCCAAACUCACCAAAAAACGGAGACUUGACUCAUAGCGUCACUACUUCUGCCUCAAAGAACACUUCACCGUCCACCUCCUCAGCUGAGAACUCAGACCUGUCAUCCAAAGAGGUGUUACCCAAAGUAGAACCAAAACUCGAGCCGUACGUGGACACAGACACCGUCGGCAGCACGCUCUCAUCCUCACAUUCCAAUGACAACAACCUGGAGGACAUGUCAGACGGAGGAGCCGAGCGUCUUCCCGGCACCCCAAAAAGCUCCAGCUCUCGCCGGAGAUCAGCUGUAUGGAAACAUUUCUAUCUGUCGCCUCUGGACAAUUCAAAAGCAGUAUGUAUCCAUUGCAUGAAUGAAUUCAGUAGGGGGAAGAACGGAAAAGAUCUAGGGACGAGCUGUCUCAUCCGUCACAUGUGGAGGGCCCACAAAGAGGUUGUGAUCGAGGAGAACGGCCAGGGAAAUCACAUUCCCCCACCCUAUACAAACCCGCCCUCACUUUUGUCUCGCACACAACUGCAGGAUUCACAGGAGAUGAAAAAAGAAUCCCUACUUCUUCCAUCGUCCCCGGAAACCACAUCAAAUGAGCUGCCCCAAAGCCUGGAGGAAAGUGUGCAUAUAAAAGAGGAAUCCGAUGAGGCGAUGCAACUCUCAGGGCAGGAGUCCUCUCUCAAUCUCUCCUUCAAAAUUCACGAAGAAGAUGGCCCCCUGACUUCCUCCCCGCGCCCCCCCUCGGAGGGCCCCAGCCUCGAUCAGGAUCAUUCAGUUUUCCAGCAAAACAAGAAGAUAAUGAAACGGGUGAAAUCCGAAGUGUGGCACCAUUUCAUAGUGUCUCCGGUCGACCAGUUAAAAGCACUGUGCCGUUACUGUCCAUGCGUCAUCAGCCGCGGGAAACGGGGCGACUUUGGUACAAGUUGCCUGAUGAGGCAUCUCAUGAGACGCCACCCAGACGUCCUCAAAAACCAAAAAAUCACAGAUGAGAGGGAAUCUUCCUCCCCUCAUCCCUUCACCAGUCUCAGUGGAGCGGACGGGGUUUCAACCAAAGAAACUGACAGCCCGUCCAGUGAGAAGAAGCCACACACCCUGCCUGCUUUCAGCAAAAAGACGUCAAAACUGUGGAACCAUUUCUCCAUUUCACCCACUGACCCCACCAAGGUGGUUUGUUUGCACUGUAGCCGCACAAUUAGCAGAGGCAAAAAGACUACAAACCUCGGCACAAGCUGCCUCUUUAGACACAUGCAGAGGUUUCAUGGACAUGUUCUUGAAAGUAACAAUGCUAUCUCAGGUGAUGUGCGGUCUGCUGCAGUUCACGUUAAACAAGAGAUCAUGGACACGCCAGUUUACGAAACGGAACAGAACCUUGAAAGGUUUGAUGAACACCACCCGGUUGCCAAAAAAAUCACCAAACUUAUCGCAGAAAUGCUCGCACUGGAUCUUCAGCCAUCAGCUAUGGUGGAGAAUGCUGGACUGAACCGACUACUCGAGUACCUCCAGCCUCAGUAUUCUCUACCCACUUCUUCUUACUUUACCAGCACUGCCAUACCAGACAUGUACGAAAGAGUGAAGGAUGUCGUGCUGACCCACCUGAAAGAGGCUGAGGGGGGGGUCGUCCACUUCACAACUAGUAUUUGGGUCAGUAGCCAGACAAGGGAAUACCUGACCCUUACCGCCCACUGGGCGACGUACGAGUCGAGUGUUAGACCCCAAGGUCAGGACUUCCACUGCUCCGCUCUUCUAAAUGUCUCCCAAAUAGACUGUGAUAACGAUAUGCAUGACAUCCCAAAGCAGCUAGAGUAUCUGUGGGAUUCUUGGAUCACCUCAUCAGGGCUUAAAAAGGGGUUCACUGUCACGGACAACAGCACCAUCAGAAACACGCUUGAGGACCAUGGCCAUGUCACCAUGCAGUGUUUCGGACACACCAUAGACCUCAUUGUUAGCGAAGCCAUAAAGAGCCAGAGAAUGGUUCAGAACCUUCUGAGUAUUGCACGGAAGAUCUGUGAACGUGUGCACCGCUCGGCAAAGGCCAAGGAGAAACUGGCUGAGCUGCAGAGGGUCCACGAGCUGCCGGAGAACCAGCUGAUACAGGAUGUCCCGUCCAAGUGGAGGACGUCCUUCUUCAUGCUGGAGCGGCUGGUGGAGCAGAAGAAAGCGAUCGACGAGAUGUCGGUCGAGUGCAAUUUCAGGGAAAUUAUCAGCUGCGAUCAGUGGGAGGUGAUGCUGUCGGUCUGCAAUGCACUGAAGCCGUUUGAAGUCGCCUGCAGGGAGAUGAACAGCCACACCGCCACUCUGGGACAAGUCAUACCACUCAUCCACAUCCUCAACAGAAAGAUAGACAUGCUGUUCGACGAGACGGUGGGCAUAGACAACAUGCUCAAGUCUCUAAAGGAAGCCAUGAUGAGCAAAAUGGCAACAACUCUGCAAGACCAACAAUAUAUCUGGGCGACCAUGCUGGACCCACGAUACAAGACGUCACUGUUCUCAGAGGAAGAGGCUGAGCGAUUUAAGCAGGAUCUGAUCAGCGAGCUGGACUCCUCGUCUACCUCAGUUGCAGCGAAACCCUCGCUGCCCAACGGCUGCAACGAGGACGCCGUUUCUUCCGACGCCCCCCACCCAAACAGGGACAACCUCUGGUCCCUGAUGGCCGACAUUCGGCAAAAGAUAAAACACGAGGAGAAGCCAAAGUCUUCGGAGCUGGCGGUGCUGGAGUACCUCGAGGAAGACAUACUCGAUCAAAGCUGUGACCCCCUCGAUUAUUGGAACAUGAGAAAGUUCAUGUGGUCCGAUCUCGCCAAAGUAGCCGCCCGAUACGUUGGCUGCCCCCCCAGCAUCGUCCCAGCAGAGACACUGUUCAGCACAGCGAGCGUCAACUAUGCUCUAAACCAGCCCAGACAUUUACUGGAGAACAUGGAGGGCCUGCUGUUCCUCAAGGUCAACCUCCCUCUGAUCUAUUUUCAAUACUGAUUUAAUAUUGAGCAUUAACUUGAAAACCCUUUAUCAAGGACCAAGUUGCUUAGCUGUGAAAUGGGUGGGGUGUUUUUUUUUUUUUACUGUCGGGCAAAAUGUAAAAUAUCAAUUUAUACACUGAUCGAGUCUCAAUGCAAAGGCCAGAUGAGGUUUUAUUGUAUUCUGUGUACUACUGUUGAAACACUUUGGAGCUGUUGUGAUGAAUAGUCUCAGUCAGAAGUGUGUCAGGGAGGGAGGGUUUUUCUAGCUGUAGGGGUUGAUGAUGAUGUGUUUGCUUGUAAAUCAACGUUUCUGUUCUGUGUCUACUCUCUCCUUGUGCCUUAUCCAAAACUACUUCAGGUCAAAAAUGCUGUAAAUACUUUUUGUUAAAUUGCGCGGAUCACGUCAGGUUGCUUUUAAUUUUUAUGGAUAAAAGAUAGAUGCAGAGUUGUUUUCCAAGUGAAAACAUGGUCCAAAAAUAAAUGCUGUGACUGAAAGAUGUUUUAAGUUAAUGUUAUUUAAUUUUCAUCGUGAAUUCGUGGCUCAUGGUACUGUCAUUUAGAAAUAGAAAUUUUUUUACUUGUGAAAUGUUUUUAAUAAGAUCAUGUAUAAUAUUGCUGUAUUUUCAGAAUAAGGAGUUUGUUUGGAAUAUACAAUUUGUCUCUUAAGCACAAUUUAAGUUUAUGUCCAGGGGAUUAAAUUAUGGGUUUAUUAUUGAGUAAAACAAUGUACUGUACAUUUUUAUAUGAAAUGACUUCUGAACCUAAUUUGAUAAAUGUUUGAGCAUUGAGACUGGAACCAUGCAAAUU